AUGCCACUGGCGCCAGGUGUUUUCGUUGACGGCUUGCUAAACGAGUUACCGAAUUGCCAGAUUCGGAUUCUUCGGAUGAUAUCAUCUGUCUGGAGCCGCCAGUCCAGACCACUGCGUCACAAGAGGCAGCCUCCGACCACUGCGUCACAAGAGGCAGCCCCGACCGCUGCGUCACAAGAGGCAGCCUCGACCACUGCGUCACAAACGGAGGAAGUGGUAGAUAGUGGCACUAUCACUGCGUCACAAGAGGAGGAAGUGUUAAUCAGCGGAACAGUGGAUGACGAACCAUUAUUUUUGGACGACUCCGAAGUGAAACAAGAACCUAACAAGGAGAGUAAUCCAUCGAGAGUAGAAGCAGAAAAUUCGGCCAAAUCCGUACUGAAAGCAAAAGUCAAGACGGAAGCUGAUGAAAGUCCGACCGACCUCAACGAUGAUUCUUCUUCAUCAGAGGAAUGCGGUCAGCGUAAUGCUAAAAAGCCUGUGAAGCGCGAAGAAAGUGGACAAAGCUCCGAUGACGGAAUAAAAAGUGCAGUGAUGAAAUCGGAUCCAAACAAAAGAUUCGGAGAAGUAGUCGAGCUACUAACACCACCUGUUGUUACGAAAAAGGAGAAUACUCAAAAAAGAAACCAGGACACCUUGGAGAAACGCAUCCGCGAUGAACAGCUACUUUGCAGUCGUCUCGAAAUUUGCUCAUCGCUCUAUGUGAGAAAUAGACGCAGCGAAUUCCUGGACCGAAUAGUAGUGUAUGAGGAGAAAGGAAUCUUGUACGACUAUAUUUAUCGUCCACCGGGUCGACCCUCGAGAAUGGCCAAAUUCGAGUGUCCUGAAAUUACAACGAAACGGAAAGUGAUGCUAACAGUGUGGUGGACAUCUUCAGGCGUGAUUCUGCACAAAGUCUUGACGAGCAGCCCUACAAAGGAUGGAAAGAUUUUCACCGCUUAUGCCGAGGAAAUGAACAAAAUUUUACACGCCAAGAAUCCAUCUCUCGAUGAAGGACCAGCUCCAAUAUACCUCUACAACAGCUCUUGUGGAUACAUAAAUGGUUUCGAGUGUAUACCGUAUCCUUCUGAUUCACCGUAUCUCGCACCUCAUGCUUAUUUUGUAGGCCAACAGUUUGGUAAUUAUCUGCUUAACCAGAAGAAGGUUUACGAUGCGUUGACGUAA